UUAUUUGUGUGCGCGGAAGAGUCGUCGGAUUUUUCCCAACAGGAAAAUCUUGGAAAAGUGUGUAGUUGUGUGAAAAUUGAAAGGUGAGAGAAAAAUUCUAAGAAUCAGAGUGCUUCCUAUGGUAGCGAUAUAAUGUUUAGUUUUGGAAACUUUAUAUGAAAAUAUAAUGAGAAUAAAAAUGCCAAAAGUGAAUGUGAAAUUGCAUAAAAAUUAAACAAAAAAGUCGUGUACUACAAAUUUAUCGGUAUACAAAAGCAAUAACGCCGUAGCGGUAGGAAAAAUAAAUACGUUUCUAUCACCACGCCUACUCAACGAGGAUGGCUGCAACGGCGGCCGUUUAUAAUCGCCUCCAUAGCACCAGCGGGAGCAUAGGUGGACUCAGCGCGAGCAUGGGCAGCAUGGCACAUUCGCAGCUGGCACGUUCGCUGGAACGCAUCCUUGAGGAGGCGCACCUUAGCGGCGAAUUAAUACUGACGAAUCGAAAGCUAAAAGACUUCCCGAAAACUGGCACCAAAUACAAUCUCGCUGAUACGGUGAUGGCAGAUUUAUCGCGCAACCGCUUUUGUGAGCUACCCGAGGAGAUCACGACAUUUUCAUUUCUGGAGACGCUGCUGCUUUAUCAUAAUACCAUACGCAGCAUUCCCGAAUCGGUGAAGCAUCUGACAUCGUUGACGUAUUUGGAUUUGCGCAGCAAUCAGCUGGCAGCGCUGCCACGUGAGAUCUGCUUUCUGCCGCUGCAAGUCUUGCUGGUAUCCAACAACCGGUUGGCAGCGUUGCCCGAUGAGUUGGGGCGCAUGGACCGCCUUACCGAUUUGGAUGCCUCGUACAAUCAAUUGUCAACGUUGCCGGCGCGUAUUGGCGAGCUGCGUUCGUUGCGCUCGUUUUCGCUGCGCAGCAAUCAGUUGAUGUAUUUACCGCGUGAAUUGACCUGUCUAACGCUGGAGUCGUUGGACGUCAGUAAUAAUCGCAUCGCUAGUCUACCUCUGGAGAUACGCCAAAUGACCGCAUUAGUCGAGUUGAAUCUGGAAAAUAAUCCGCUUACAUCUCCGCCUGCUAGUCUCUGUAUUCGCGGUCUCGUACAUGUCUUUAAAUUUCUCGAAACUCAAGCGGCCAAAGAUGAGAAGGGCUCACGUGCCGGCGGUAAUUAUGAUGGCUAUACUACACUGCGACGCGCGCCACGCCACGCCGCAAAUGGCAGCGUACUCGAAUCGAAUCGUGUGCCGCGCCAUCACGGCGUAGAGUCCGGUUAUAGCACUUGUGAUGGCAUUGAUAAGCGUUGGUCACACGAUAUGCCAAAUGUUAAAUCCAAAUUGGAUUCACCUGCUCGUAAAACCCCGACCACACCGCCCCCCUCAUUGAGUUCGGAAUUGAUGGAUGCUUCGCUUACAUCGAGUUCAAGCACAAUUGUUGAUGAAUCAAUAUCGUCAACAGCUAAUGGCACGAGCACAGGGAGCACAGGUGGUGUAGUGGCGCCAACGGCAGCGAUUGCAGCAGCUGUUGUGAAGCCACUUAAUGCGGCCGAGUCGCCAACGAAACGUAAAGUGGAAAUGCAAGUGACGACUGUACAAUCAGCGCCUGUCACACCGCAGCAUCAACAUCAGUCGCCGCAACAACAGCAACAACAGCACCAACAUAUAAACUAUGCUCAUUCGAACUCGAGUAAUGGCAGUAAUAAUGGGAGUAAUGGCUCAUCACCCGAACAAGAGGAUGGCAUGAUGGAGCAUUACCAGCAUAGACACGAUGAGAAAUCCAAUAAGAAUUUGGGGAAUAUUCAAACUUAUCGCGAAUACAAGGAGGCACUCAAACAGCAACGAAAUUUGGAAGUGUCGAGUGUUUACAAAAUCAAAAAUAGCCAAAAAAUGCUGUACGACAUGAGCGAAGCAUCGAAUGCAUUAAAUUCCAUAGCUGGCAAUAUGCCACACUAUGAAGAUAGUAACGGUGGCGGCGCCGAUAUUGGGUGCAACGAAAUGAUACGAAUAAUGAAUGGUGCCAACACCGUACCGCAACCGAAAUCGAUAAUGAAGAAUGGCAGCGGUGGUGGUGGUGGAUUAGUUGGAGUUGGUGUUGGUGUUGGUGCCACCAAUGGAGGCCUAAAAAUGUUUAAUGGACUGGUAAAUGGUGUUAAUGGUGAUGGCGGCGGUGUCCUUGUUGGCGAUGCUGGCAGCGAUUAUUGCAUUGUAAUACCAAAGAAACCGGUACAAAAAGUGACGCCGUCACGAAAUACCGAAUUAAUGUCGUCGCUGGCGACGUCAAAGCAAAUGCAACCAGUCACAACAACACUAGACGAGACAGAGAAAAUGUUGCUCGUACAACAACAGCAGCAGCUGCAGCAGGCACAACAGUCUCAGACGCAGCAACAUCAGCUUGUGAAUGGUGAUUGCAUGGGUUAUGUGAAACCAAAUAGUCCAAUGAAAACGCUUAAUGGUAAUGCAGGUGGCGGCGGCGGCGGUAGUGGUGCUGGCAUACUUGCGAAUAAUAAUAAAAUAACUUCAUUUGGUGGUCUCAAAUCGCCUGUGAGCGGCACAAAUAAACUGGGUACGGCGAAAACUCAUCGCACCGUCACCUGGAAUCACGACAUACCUGCGGAGAAACUUAGCUUUACUAUGCGUCGCGAAUUCGAUCGCCAACGUGAGGAGACUGAACUGAUGACUCAGUUGCGGAGUAUCAUUGAAACACGUCUCAAAAUGACGCUACCCGAAGAUAUAGCAUCCGCCUUAACCGAUGGUGUUAUUCUCUGUCAUUUGGCCAAUUAUGUGCGUCCACGUUCGGUUGCCAGUAUUCAUGUGCCAUCGCCUGGGGUCUCCAAACUAACUAUGGCGCGUUGCCGCAGAAAUGUUGAUAAUUUUCUAGAAGCUUGUCGCAGGAUCGGUGUAGAUGAGGAGUUGAUUUGCUCCUGUGCAGAUAUUGUGCCCCCCUCCGACGACGGAUCCAACAACAGCCACAGCCAUAGCAACAACAACAGCAAUAACAACAAAAAUUCCUUAAAUAAUAAUGAUUCCCAGCAAAUCCAAAAUAUUAUGCAAAUAAAUGAGAUAAAUGAGAAUGCACAAAAGUUGCCAAAUCCAUCAGCUGUUUUGAAAACGGUUUCGGCGCUGAUUGCCUUGGAUUAUAAUCCGCAUCAUCAGAAUAUACGAAAUUUGCAACAACAAUACGAGUUGAAGUUGAAAUUGCAAAGGCAGCAGGAGAAAUUGAAGCAACAACAACAGCAACAAAAAGAUGAAUCACAACAACAACAUGAGCAACAAAAACAACCACAUACAAAUUUCGAAUACCAACGUCGUUGCGUUUUAACGCGUGAUGGGCGUGGCGGCGAUGGCGCCUUUGAGCACGAGUAUGAGCACCAACUCACUGCGACCUGCACCAAAGAACAGAUGCUGCAGCCCACGUUGCAUACACUUGGCCUAGACAAUUCCACAUUUAAUUUGAGUGCAAAGUGUCAUUUCGAUGUGACUGUGCUAACGAAUGGACACGGUGGUGGUAGUGAUAGUGGUGAUGGUGAUGGUAGUGGUGGAUGUGUUGGUGCUAAAGAUUUCGACAGUGACGAUGUUGAUGAAGGCGUUGGCGCCGAAGAGGAGGAGCGCGACGAACUGGACACUGCUGUGCAUGGUGACGGCAGUGAGCAGUGCCAUAGCAAACUAAAGCAACACCAACAACAACAACAACAGCGUCACAUUGUUACGGAUUUUUUUCGUCAUGCCAAAUUGAAAACAUUUCAAAAGAUUAAAUUUAAUUUACUCGCCGGCAACGGUGGCCAUUCAUGCAUCAAUUACGGUCAUGUGAAUAACAAUCAAUGUAUGCUGCAAACCAUCGUGGAAACGGAAAGUGAAGUAAUCGGAGGAGGAGGAGGAGGUGGUGGUGGUGCUGGCAGCGGUAGCGGCGUAGGGGGUGGCGCCUACCAACUGAUUAACGAAAAGCCAACUUUCAACGAGGAACUUAAGCUGAAGGUGGAAAGCCGCGCUGUGGACGGAGGCAACAAGUACAAGCUAAUCGAUUUAGCCGCGCUCCAGAAGAAAGAGCCAGGCGUGACGGUAGAAGACUCAUUGCCGAUUGUUUCCAAGCGUAUCGAAUUCUUCGAACACUCUUCUGCAGCCAAGUCAACGCUGCUGCUGAAUAGCAGUCCAAAUGGAAGCAUUAACAGCAGCGCAAGCGCUAACAAUAAAAUAAAGUGCACAACAACAACUGCGACAACUACAGCAACAAUCAAACCCAACCAAAAUAGUAUUUUUAGCAUUUAUCGCGUGGUCGAGGUGAACGAAGAGAAGCUGGCAAGCAGCGACGGCGGCAAGUUGGUGCAUGCUGGAGUCGCUGGUGGUGCUGAGGCAACAGCGCAGGGGACGGGUGCGUCAUUCCUGCUGAAGCACGAUUCGCAUGUGCUUACAAUCAUACUGUCGUGUGUCUUCAUUAUAACCUUUUUGCUGUUGGUGUUCUUUCCCUUGCCAGGGUAGGAGCAGAUGCGUCAUAGAGAAUUAUUGUAUGCAACAUUGCUUUAUAGAGCUUAAGUGGGGUUUUUUUCGAAAUGAACGCGAAAAGAAAGCGUGCGGGCUUAGAUAAGGAGCGAUUGAAUAUGAACUUGCUUUUAGCUAUAGGCUCUGUUUUUAAUACC